AUGAAUCCCUUGCCGGACUUCGAGACCUUGAUGAUUAACGAUUCCGUGAUCGACGAUGUGAUUGCCAAAAUGUCCAGUGUCUUGGAGGAGGCGACGCUGCAGCAGUUGAAGCAAGUUUGGCGCUCCAAGAUGCAAAAGAACCUGCAGGUAGAACCCACCGACCAGGUUCCCAAUAAGGACACCGAAACCCCCGAUGACACCACCAAGAAAGACGUGAAGGAGGAGCCUGUGCCACUACAGCAGGCAUCUGACAACGUGACCAACAAAUCUCCAAAACCCAUCCCUGUGACCGGUGCCAAUCCUCUAGGGAUCAAGUGGGCGCUUCAGGAGAUCGAGUUGCCCCCACUUCAGGUCCGACGCACGAAUAGGGCUAUUGGACAUGCCUUGCAGCUGGACGGUGGCCUGGCACCCAUCAAGGAAGAAACUUCGGAAGAAGACGACGAUGAGAUCGAAGAUGAGUUGCCACAGCCAGAAGCUCGUGGCGAUGACGAGUCUCUCAACAGUGGCGACGACCCCACCGGCGAGGAUGCCGUCAGAGACGAUGCGUUCGAGUCGGACAACGUGAUCGCGUGCCAAUAUAAUAGGGUCUCCCAUUACUGCGAAAAGUGGAAGUUCGAAUUCCAAGACGGAGUGAUGCACCUCAACGGCAAGGACUAUGUGUUCAAGCAAAUGCGCGGUGAGGCAAAUUGGUUUCCAGGAUGUUUCGGCUCGUUCACACCACCACCACCGCUUUUCGAGGACAUUGACUUUCACCAGUGCUUCACAGAACCUGGCGAAGGUCAGGCACUUGAAGGGGGGGAAUAUUGGAAGGGUGAUACGCAAGACGAAACCUCUGGUAUCGGAGUUUCCGCAGAUGAUAGGCACAGCUCAAAGGCACCACCGGGUGUCGAGACACUGAACUGGAUAGUCUGUCGUCGUCAGGAUUGA